AUGGCUGCUCCGUGGCGUAACCCACGAACCGUGCUCUUAUUCGUUGGCCUCUUAUGUCUCUAUUUCUUCUGGCCCUCCAGCAGCAGCUCUACUCCUUUCACCAAGUUCACCUCCUCGUCGACUGAUUCUGCUUCAUAUUAUUCGUCGCUAGACGACGAUGAACUUGCGAGCCGGGUUACACGCUCCGAGAAGAUUUACAACAAGCUCCUCGAAGACCGCAAGGAACUGAUCAAGAAACAUGGCCCAACUCCCAACGACGUCGCACUGUUCCCGCCUGAUAAAGACCCUUGGCCCGCAUAUACAGUAUGGGACUUCUUCCCUGCUGCCUAUAACUGCCCCCACGAGAUUACACGACUCGGCGCGCUUGGUGACGGUGGAAAGUGGGUUUGCGGCAUUUCUCGUGUGGAAGAAAAGCCCGAUUGCAUUGUUUACUCUUUUGGCAUCAAUUACGAGUCCAGCUUCGAAGCAGAAAUCCUAGCUCACACAGAUCAUUGCCAAAUAUGGGGCUACGACUUCAGCGUCCGCUCGUUUGGACCCGAAAUUCCCCUUCUACAGAAGAGCAGAACACACUUCUUUCAGUAUGGCUUAGCAGGAAGCGACAAGCCUGACGAAAAUCCCAAGAUGUACACGCUCGAGACGCUCAUGAAAAUGAACGGGCACACGCACAUCGACAUUCUGAAGAUUGAUAUUGAGCGGUGGGAGUUUGAGACGCUGACUGCGCUUGUCAAGCCCUAUAUCGCCUCGGGGAAGCCUCUGCCUUUUGGACAACUGCAGCUUGAAAUCCAUCUGUGGAAUCUGUCGUUUGCGGAAUAUUUGGCGUGGUGGGAAUCCCUUGAGGCUGCUGGCCUUCGUCCGUUUUGGACUGAGCCCAACUUGGUCUACCAAAACUACAAUCGACCAGGCACAUCAGACUUAGCUGAGUAUUCCUUCUUGAACACCAAGGGCGACAAUAUUUUCAUCACCAAUCCCAAACGACGCAGCGAACCUGAACGGAACCGCAAUGUUCAUGGUCCUACCCCAUAA